AUGUCCAACCCGGACCGUAUGGCCAAAGAGGCACGAAAAACAAGAAUUAAUCGGAAAAAGACGUUCGCUGGCCGUCGCCUGCAUCCGGCUACUAAGGUGAUCUGCCGGCCAGCGUACUUGAACUCUUGGGGGAGAGGAGAGGAGCGGACGAGACCUCGGUGUUCUACGCAGCUGCCUGUGAUGGUGAUGGUACGUGAUUACGGAACGAGCCAAGUCUUGAGUGGCACUGCUUCGAAAGUGUCAGCAAAAAAGAGCUACCCUAUACACACUGAGGCGCAUCAAGCAUCAUCCGACGAAUUCUCAAACCCCCCAAAGAAGUUCCCAAGGGGCGCAAUGGACGUGAUCGAAUCUCGUCGAGGCGGCGUGGCGUCACCUAGUACAGCCAUCUCCGUUCCAUCCCAUCCGGGCGUCGAGACAUUUCGACGGUGUACCCUCUCCAACUGA